CCGGACCGGGGUGAUGCAACGCACCGGCCACAGCUGUAACUUCCCUGAGAGAGAGAAAGAAAGAGAGAAAGAAAGAGAGAAAGAAAGAAAGAGAAAGAAAGAAAGAGAAAGAAAGAGAGAGAAAGAGAGAAAGAGAGAGAAAGAAAGAGAGAGAGAAAGAGAGAGAGAACAAAAAAGAAGGAGCCUGAGUAGAGUUUCAGGUCACACAAUUUGCUCAGUCAUAAACAAGGUUUCAGAAUGAUGCUUCAGCAUCCUGGUCUGGGUCUGGGUCCUUCGGAGAUCAGUGCCUCGGCUCUGGUGCCGUGUCUGUCGCCACCCGGGUCGCUCACACUCGACGACUUCACUCAUUUCAGCCCACUGGUUAAGGAGGAGCUGCGCUACGCCAUCCAGAGUAAACGCCUGUCCAGCGGAAUGAGUUCGGCCAAUACAGACUGCUCCGGCUACAGUUCUGAGAAACCCCCCGAGCUGCUGCGAAUGAAGAGAGAGCUCACUAUGGAAGAGGUCGAUCGUAGGAAAAGACGACGGGAAAGGAACAAAAUUGCUGCUGCGAAGUGCAGGAACAAGAAGAAGGAGAAGACGGACUGUUUACAAAAGGAGUCUGAGAAGCUGGAGUCCUUGAAUGCUGAGCUGAAGGCACAGAUCGAGGAGCUGAAGAACCAGAAGCAGCAGCUGGUGUACAUGCUCAACCUGCACCGGCCAACGUGCAUCGUCCGAGCACAUAAUGGCCAAACUCCUGAAGAUGAGAGGAACCUCUUCAUCCAACAGAUCAAAGAGACCACGCUGCAAUGUAUGAACUUCACCACAACCGGACCUGAGAACCCUGCCGUACUAACCACAUGCGAUCAUCUUUGAAGCACAAGACUUUCUCUUCAGACAAGAUUUUGCCAAGGAGCACUGAAGGACCCGCUUGAGAUGUAGUAUACUGUAAUGGACUGAGGACAUGAGUAAGCAAUAUGUAUAAGCACUAACAUCAAAUGUGAUUUGAUGUUUUUUUUUGUAUUUAAAUGUUAUUUAAAAUGGCAUACUGCUGGAUGAUGAACUUGUCUUGUGUAUGCACCAAAGCAUGAUCUUGUGUUGAGCAGUGAUGCCAACAUGAGACCGUUUUAUUAACUUAAACCACUAAUGGUAUCCCAUAUAACGAGCACUAAAAGUUCUGUGACGAAAGAUGGACUUGAAAUCACUGUGUGUUGGAGAAUGUGAUAGAUAGCUCUGCUCCAUGUAUUGAACACUGAGACAGGCAUUAAAAAUGUGUAGUGAAUGAAGUAUCAAGUAUGAUGUAUUUCCAUAGUUAUUUGUUGCUUUGGCUUUGUUUAGCGUUUCCGUAAUCUGCCAUCCAAAACUACUUAAAGCUGCUGCUAUGCUAAUAUCUCAGGUCAUGGAGGAUGUAAGUGCAGAAAUACAGUCAGAGAAAAGGAACAAGGAAAUGGAAUAAAUUAAGUGGACUUUGUGUUAUCAGUAGUGUUACAGCCUGCUGCUUGGGAGGAUUAGAACAAAUAGCAAGUUACGAAGAAGUAAAAGUGUAUUCUUUUGAACUUCCAUCAUAAAGUUAGUUCCUCUUUCAUCUCAAGAAUGAUUUGUUUUGUUUCGUUUUUUGAUACAAUGCUGUGAGCUGGAUGGCCUGUGUGGGCCUAAAGGCUAUGUUGAGUUUUUGUAUUGUUCGAGUCAUGUCUGUGUUUUGAAAUCUUAUACUGUAUUUUUAUAUUGAUGUAAACGUGUGGUUGAAUCUAGAUGCACAAUCUUGUCACUUUAAAGGGUAUAAAACUAUGGUUAUUGUCUCAGCACUCCUGUCAUAUUUCACAUUCUGUAGUACAUGAGACGUAGAGUAGGUCAGUGUUUUUACCACCAUUUUCCUGCAGUUAUUUACCUUAUAAUUGUAGUAUUUAUUCCUCAAUUGUUUGAGUAAUUUGUUUUAAUUUGGACGAGAGAUGCAGGCGUUGCCUGCUUUUCAUAUUUUUGUUUUUUAAAUGUGGUUCAUGCCCUUUUCAGUACAGCAUAUUUUCUAUUGAAGUAAGCUAUUGAUACUUAAAUACCAGUUGCUUUGUCAGCCUUGAUUGACCCCUUCAAGCUUACGAGUGGUCUCAUACGAACCACUGAUUGUUGUUAAAUCAGAUUGAAAUGUAAGUUUAAAUAUGCAAUGAUGACUAAUGUGGGCUGUAUUUAAGUUUUGUCACUUCAUUAAAAUACCCCUGCACUCAGA